AUGGCUCCAUCAGCGGCACUGCUACAACACCUGCAAAGCGUUGUCCCCCAGGAUGAACGCAGGUCUCUUCGUGAUGAAGUGAUCCCAUCAAUUCUGGAAGCAAUCACGGGCGUUGCCAAGACGCUUCAAGUCUCCCAACACGUUUCUCUGGCCGGUACAGCCAACGCGUUCGGUGACGACCAGCUCAACGUCGACGUCGCUUCUGAGAACGUUAUACGUGACGCAAUCGCGAAAUGCCCUUCGAUUUAUACCGCUAGCAGUGAGGAAGAUCCGGUGGAGAAGCCCGCUAGACCAUUCACGAAUGGCAACACAAACGGCAUCUCCACAUCUUCGGAAGAAUAUACCAUUGCUUUUGACCCCUUGGACGGCAGCUCGAUUAUUGCCCCCAACUGGACUGUCGGAACGAUCGUUGGAAUCUGGGAUGGAAGAACCGCGGUCGGGCAGUCGCCGGCGGAGAGGCAGAUCGCAGCCAUCAUGGGCGUCAUCGGACCUCGGACUACCGCAAUUGUGGCGCUUCGCAUUCCAGGCCAUGACUCAGCUUGUUUUGAAGUCGGGUUUGGUGCAAAUGGCAUUGCUGACUGCGAAAUUAUCCGCGCGGUUGUGAAGCUGGCCGAGGGUCCUUUUAAGACGAGGUACUUUGCACCGGCGAACCUGCGUCAUGCGGCGGACGACGAGAAGUACAGUGCUCUCAUCACCCGUUUCAUCCAGAAGAAGUACACUUUGAGAUACUGUGGUGGCCUCGUCCCUGAUAUUGUUCAUGCGCUGGUCAAGGGCCAUGGUGUGUACGUCUCCCCAGUGUCUCCGGGCACAUUGGCCAAGCUCAGAUUCCUGUACGAGCUCUACCCGAUCGCUUUGAUUAUGGAAUGCGCUGGUGGAAAAGCAGUCGACCCGGAAGAUGGAAAGCGAAUUUUGGAAAAGAUUUCAGUUGAUUGUGACGGACGCGCGGGUCUCAUUUGCGGAACCGUGGAAGAGGUAGAUAUCGUCAUAAACGCUUUACUUGGAUAA